AUGUCUAGUACUACUUGGAAGCAGACACAGUACGGCCACCAGCCAAUGGUGGAUGGUCUCACUGAAGUCCUUACUAUCCUUCCUCGCCCACAAAUGCUGGCUGGCAUAGCAGGAAUUCAAGAUCGGUGGAAAGUAGCUGUUCUCGCAAUGCUCGUUCAUCAACUACACAAUGACGGUGAUCACAUCAACCUCACCCACGUGUUUCAUUCUCUUACUUCUACUCACUAUCUCACUGGUGCUUCAUCUCACAAUUCCAGCCAACAAAGCUCUCGGAAACAGUGCAUGGAUAGUUGGCGGACUCGUUCUGAACACAUCAAGAUCAUACUUAAUUUGAUUGUUGACCUGUGUACUGCACUUGAUAGGUUAACGGGAGGAUCUACUCUAGUGUUCCAUCACCCUGGUGCUACUGCUCCAGGUGGUAACAUGACUCCAGAGUCGCUGAAAGCCGAUAUCUACGUCAACCCAAGGGUGCUCGCCGAGGACAUUAAUUUACACCAGGCAGUUGCAGAGAUGUCCCAGUUUUUUAUCAAGUGCUUUGCAACUCCUCUUGCACAUCGGUUUGUGGUCUCUCGCAUGCUCAACAAUUGGUCAACACCUUCUGCAUCUAUCUGUGGCCAUGCCACUGGCAGGCUUGUGCAGGCCAUUGGAUUGAACAUAUCAUUCCUAUCAUCGGUUCCACAGGGGUCUCCCCUUGUGUGGCUUGUGCAAGUGGUUCCUGUGACGCCAGUAGUUGGCACAGAUCAAUCAAGGCCUCAGAUGACACCAGGUGCCAAAGGGACUGCCUGUGCCACAGGUUCUGGUUCUUGGACCCUGAAACCUCUGGUCAUUAUUUGCGAAUUUGACUCUGAUGAUGACUACCCAGAUCCUGGACCCAUCAUGCCCAUCAGGGUUAGUUCUUCAUCUGCUCCUGUUAGAGCUAGUUGUUCAUCUGUGGCAGCCGACAAGAAGCCGGCUUACAUGCCAUCUUGUCCAACACCAACCUCACAAGUCCAACUAGAUGGAGUUCUGGUUUUAUUUGGUCCUGAAACUGAAAAGGGCAAUUCCAGCAAGGAUAGGCGGUCAAAGAUGGCAGAGAUUAUUAAUGACAGAGCUGAAUACAGCAGCCUUACGGAGGAAGAAAAGGAGGAGCUUGUCAAAGAGUUUGACGAGGUCAAAAAAUGUACCACUAAUCAUCCACCCAAUAUCACCCCUCGUGUUAAGGUAACUGAGAGUGCAAAAAGCUUCCUGGCUGUCAAGGAUGAACUUAAUGUCGCAAUUAGCUCAGACUUUCAAAUGGCACCCAAGGCUUACUUUACCAGUACCAAGUGCGAGCAAUUCAUGCAUGUUUACUUGAAGUGUGAUGCUGCACACACAGCUACUGACUUUGAGAGUAUGAUGUUGUCAAAGGGGAUUUUUAAUUCUGUACCAUCUAAACAUAAGGAUCAUUUAUCAAGGGCCAAAUCAUCCAUCCACACUGGCUUACGAACAUCUCUUUGCGAAGUCACCAAUGAUGCAUCGGCUACUGUUGAAUUUACGAAAUAUGAGGCCUUAGUCAUUUGCCACUAUCACGUCAAGUUCAUGGGAUGGAACCACACUCAAUGGGCCAAUCCCUCAGACCUGAAGGGUGGUAUUGAGGUACUCGAGAAGCUCACUGAUGCCAUCAAGGCUAAGAUCUGCCACUUUGUGCAGAUUAGUGUGGAGAAAAGCCCCCCAUUCCACCUGUUAUCUAGCUCAGAUGCCUUACACUUUGACACAUCAGAGACCAAGUUUAAUCCUUUUACUGAUGAUCUCAUAGACCCUGCCCUUUGCACACCUUCAAGUGUCUCGUCAUUGGUCACCCCCAUUUCUCAUUCAGACGAGUUGAUUGCAUCACCACCAGCUCCCAUUGACAAUCCUAACACUGUAGUAGAAUCCACCCUUCAUGCAACCAGCAAUACUCGAGUUCCAAUGACCAACAUCACUCCUCCAACAAUGAUGUUGGAGUCCCCUACAGAACAUCUUACUUCCAAGAUCCACCAGGACAAACAUCAAGUAGAGGUUAAUGUGAAUGAGGAACUGCAGCCACAUGCCAAAUGGGCGAGAAAAUUGACCAUGAAACAGGCAGCACUUGAGGAGGAGGCAAGAGCAAGGCCUGCAGCAAAUACACGAUAA